UAAAAAUAAAUAUAAAUAAUGUAAUUUAAAAUAAUUUACACAUUAACAUAAACUAUUUGCGUGUAUUUAAUCAAACUGGCCAUAGUUUGAGGAUGAAUAUAUUUGUUAUAUGUUUACUUUGUUAUGACACUAUAUAGUUUAAUUUAAAAAAAAUAGUUACGUUUAGUUACAUAUUUUUAUAUUGGAAUAGCAUUAAACAUGAAUACUGCGUUGUCGACAUUGUGCAGAAUUUGUCUUGAAGAUGGUGCUACGCUACCACUUUUCGAAAAUAAUGAAAACGACGAUAUAUAUUCGAAACUUAUUCAAUGUGUGAAUGAAAAGAUUGAAGAUGUGGAAGGAUUUCCGCGUUCCAUAUGUAACAAUUGCACUACCACGGUAGAUACUGUUUACCAUUUUAUAAACAAAUACAAAGAAUCUUCAAAGAUAUUACAAAAUGGUUUACUGUUCAUAAAAAAUGAAAGUAUAGAUCAUAGCAAUGAUUACAUUACCUUUGGAAAUUCAGACACAGAAGACUUUAAAGUUAAAUCAGAAGUAGUCAUUAACUAUGAAAAUGAUAGCAAUAUUGAUGUAAUAGAUGAUUUAUUAACAAAAUCAUUAAAACCAAAAAUAAAAACAAAGAGAAAAAAAGAGAAUAUUAAAAAAAGAUGUAAUAAAAGGGUGCCCAUUAAUAAAACAAAUAAAAUAGCAUCUUCAAUUUUAGAGGGCGAGUUUACUUGGAAUGGAGAAAGCUGGUGUUUAAAAUCAAAUGAACCUGUGACAUUAAAACAUAAAGCCAAGAAAAAAGAAAAAGAGAAAAUUGAAUUGAAAGCUAAGAAUAGAAACAGAAUAGAAUUAAAUAUACCCAAAGUGGCUGUAAAAAAGUCGCCCAAGUUAUGUGACCUGUGUGGGCAAAUCUUUAAAACACAAGACAAAUUGACAAUACAUAAAAGGAACAAACAUUUUAACAAUCCAGUUAAAUGUCCAAAAUGUCCACGUAUCUGCGUAUCAGAUUAUUACCUCAAGAGGCAUAUAAAACGGAGACACAACACGGAGAAAAACUUCAUUUGUUCAUCCUGCGGUCAUAGGUUUGCUUUCAAAGGUGAAUUGAGCACACACUACAGAAAUGUUCACAAUAAACAUUUGGUACCAAAAAAGGUAUAUAAAUGCUCAAUUUGUGAUAAAACAUAUAAAUGCCAAAAAUCUGUGAUAGUCCAUGAGAGAUCUGUGCAUACAGGUCUGAGGCCAGCAGUAUGUAAUGUUUGCAAUUCUAGUUUCUACCAUGAAGACUAUCUAAAGGAGCACAUGCGUCUUCAUACUGGGGAGACUCCCUUUAAAUGUCCCAUAUGUGGUCGAGGAUAUGCCCAAAGAGGCAACAUGAAGAGCCAUCUGCGAAUACACAGGGUAUCAGAAAUAGAUCCGGCUGUGCUAAAUAAAAUGAAACCAAAUUAUAUUAAAUUGCUCAAAGAUUUUCGUUUAUAAUAAAUACCUAUUUUACUUACAUGUUACAUCCUCGGAGCAACUAAAAACUCAAGAGAGCUCAAUAAUAUUAAUAAAAGUGAAGUCAUCUAUACUUAUAGGAUUAUAGGAGUUACUCUAGGGAUCAACUGAACUGAUGUUGAAAAUUCUUUUAUUGUUGGAUAGUCUAUUUAUCAAGGAUGACUAUAAGCUAUAUAAAAUCAUGUUAUGACCAAUAAGGAUAGCUGCAAUGUAAAAUGUAGCAAAAACGGAGGAAAUGUGAAGCAGACGAAGUUGGGUGGAUCAGCUAGUUGUAUGCUAUAGCUGUAAGUAGGUUCUUAAA